AUGAGUAGAGUAUUGCCAGCCUCAGUUCGUCAUUUUGUGUCUCCUCCUAGAACGUCAUAGAAUCCUAGAGAGACAACAGUAAUUCCUAUUCAGGAAACAAUAGUACCUAUGUAGCCAGUGACUUGUAAUAAUAAAAUAUUUAUUAGGAGAAUAUAUCGUAAGGGAAUAGAAGGGAUCAGUAAGACAAGAGUAACCAGUGACUCAAAUCAAGACAUAAGUAAUUGUUAAAGAAGCAGAUCAUUCUCAUUGUGAAUAAAGAAUUGCUGAACAGUAAAAGGAGAUCGAAUUAUGGCGCAAGAAAUAUCUAGAGCUUUAAGCUGAGUUAGAUCGUAAUACUUCUUAUGAAGAGACAGUAUAAAUUGAUUUGAUUUUAGAUUUAACAAUUAUAAAAUAGAGUUGAAAUAUUGAUUGGAGAGAAUAAAAAAUUGAAUCAAUCUUUGAAAUAGAAGAUAGGAGAUUUAGAUUAGGCAAGAAUAUAGAUAAAUGAAUUAGAAUAACAUAUUAGAAUUUAAAAGAAUCAGAAUGAUGAAAUUCAGAGAUUACAGAAGCAGUUGGAUUAAUCUAAAAAAUAGGUAAAUGAGUGGAAAAAUCGUUAUAUUACAAUAGAAAAAUAGAUAAGUACAAUUUAAAAUACAGAUACGAUAAUUCAAGAAAACGAAUAAAAAAUCAGUAGAUUGUAAUAGGAAUUGAAUAAUUGGAAAGAAAGAUGUUUGAGAGCUGAGAAAGAUAAAAAAGAUUUAGAAGAUUGUAUAAAAUUAUUAUAUAUAAUAUAGAAUUGAAAUAAUUAUAAGGAUAAUUAGGAUUAUAAUAAACAAAGGAAGUGCCUAAAUAAAGAGUAGAUGUUGAAGGAUUACAUUAGCAAAUACUAAAAUUGAAAUAAGAUUUAUCUUAAUCUUAAUAAGAAUGUGAAGAUUGGAGAGGAAAAGCAAUUGAUUAUGAGACUCUGAUAUAAGCAGAAUAGGCUAGAAAUUAAGAAUUAGAAAAUGAUGUUUAAUAACUUCAUGAUGAAAAUGGUAGAUUGAAUGAAGAAAUUAAAAGAUUGAUGGAAGAAUUAGGUAAAUUAUAAUCAUAAGUAUCUGAAUUAAGAGAAUAGACAACUAUAAUUGAAUCAUUAAGAUCUGAUUUACAUAAUUUAUAACAUUAGUUGGAUCUUAAAUUAUAAUAAAUUGAUGAUUUAAAUCAUGAUUUAUAAACUAGAGAUGCUGAAUUAUUUAAAUUAUAAGGUGGAUCAUCAGUUACUAUUGUGACUGAAAAUAAAUUAUUAUAGAUGUAAAGUGAAAUUGAUAGAUUAUAAUCUCUUCUUAAAUAAAGAGAAGCUGAAUUAGAUGGUUGGAGAUUAAAAUAUUCAUCACUUGAAAAAGUUAAUAUUUAAUUGAGAACAGAAAAUGCAAGCAUUGAUUCUUUAUAAGGAACAAUCAAAACUUUAUAAUAAGAAUUAUAAUCAAAAUAAGAAAGAAUCAAUCUUAGAGAUGAUAAAAUCAAAUAAUAAGAUGAUAUCAUUGAUUAAUUAUAAACUCAAUUAAAUCAACUUUAAGCAUUGAAAUUAGAAGUUGAAAAUCUUAAACAAUAAGUUCAUUUCAAAGUAUAAGAACUUAAAACUUGUAAAGACAAAUUAGCAGCUGCUUUGAAAGAAGUAGGAGCUUUACGUUUAUAUAAAGGAGAAGUAUAAGUCCUUGAAUCAGAGAAGUAAUUACUUAGAGAUGAAGUUGAUCAUUUGAGAAGUGAAAUCUAAAGGAGAUUAUUAGAAGUUGAAGAACUCUCAUUCAUUAAAUCAUAAUAAGAAGCUUAAUUAAAAUAAAUUCCAUUCUUAGAAGAUGAAAUAUCAACUUUGAGAAAUCUAUUAGCUGAUGCUAUUUCUGAAAAGGGAAUAUUAUAAACAUAAUUUGGAUAAUUAUAAAAUGAAAAUCUUGCUCUUGAUAAUUAAUAUCAUACAUUAUAGGGAGAACUUGAUGAGCUUAAACUUGAUAAUUAAAGAUUAUUAUAAAUUAAUGAGCAUUUGAAUGAAUAAUUAUAAAAGGUUAGAAAUGAAAGAAACUAAUUUGAAAGAGACGCUGAUUAAUUAGAUAAAACUCUUCAUGAUGUUUAAUAAUUAUUAGCAGAUGCUUAAGAGAAAAAUGCAUUAUUAGAAAAGGAAAUUAAAGAAUUAAAAGAUGAAUUAAAUAAAUUAAGAUAAAUUAAUUUAUCAUAAGAAUUAGAUUUAUAAGCAAAAGAUAGAUAAUUUGAAUAAUAAAGAUUAUAAUAUGAAGGUUAUUUGAAUGAGUUAUAAUUGGAAAUUUAGUAGAAAGAAUAAUUGAUUAAAAAUUGGAAGGAUAAAUAUUUACAAUCUGAAUAAUUAGUUUCAGAUUUAUAAUUCACAGCAGAACUUUUAAAACAAGAAUAAAUUAGAGCUAGAUAAUUAGAAUUAGAAAUUGAGAGAUUAAAGUAAAGAUAAUUACAUUAACCACCACCUUAAAUUGAACAUAUAGUUGAUUAAGAUGAAAUUAAUCAAUUAAGAAAAUAAAUAUAAGAUCUUUAAAGAUAAAACUUUGAUUAAUAUCAAUAAAUCUAAAAACUAAUUUAGUAAAUUGAAUAAUUAAAUAAUCAAAUUUAUAUUCUUGAAAAUGAGAAGCAUUUAUAUAUCUAAGAAAUAGAAAGAUUGAAAACUUAAUUAAAUAUGAAGGUAGAAGAAAAUGAAUAAAUGAGAGCUAAAAUGAAUGAUCUUAAUCAAACUAUUUUUGAUUUGAAACAUUUAGAAGCAAGAGUACCAGAAUUAGAAUAAACAAUUAAUUUAUUAAGAUAACAUACAUAAGAAUUAAUUUAACAAUUAAAUGCAAAAACAAAAGAAUAUGAAGAUCUUUAUGGAAGAUACUUUGAUAAAUCUUUAGAAGCUAGUUAAGUUAAUUAAUUACAAUUAUCAAAUAACAAAUUAGAUAAUGUAAGAUAAGAAGAAGUUUAAAAUAGAGAAAAUGUAAAGACAGAUCUUAGCAAAAUUGGAGUAGAUAAUGAUAGAUUAAGAAGAGAAAAAGAAUAUUAUGAAAGUAAGUAUAAGUAUUUGCUUCUUGAAGUUGAGUAUUUAUAAAGAUUAAAAUCAGAAUCACUUUAAUAAGAUUAAAUGUUAGAAUUGAGAGCGGGAAAUGAAGAAGAAGUUAAUUAGGAAAUUGCUAAUUUGGAAAGAUAAUAAUAAUUAUUAUAAGAUCAAUUAGCUAAAUUAUAAUUGUAGAAUGAACAAAAAGAUAAAGAAAUUGAUGAUCUUAAUGCAUUAUUAAGAUAAUUAUAGGCUGAAUUAAAUAAAUUGAGAAAUAUUCAAGAUCUUUAUAGUAAAUUACAAUAACAAUAUAAUUUAUUAUAAACUUAGAUUACAAAUUUAUAAUAAACAAAUAUUAAUUCUUCAACUGAAAAAGAUAAUUAUAUUAGUGAAUUAGAAUAACAUGUAAAUGAUUUGUAAAAUUAACUUUAAUAAUUGGAUUUAUAGAGACAAAAAUAAAUUGGAGAUUUAUAGGCUUAAUUAUAAAAAUUAUUAGAUGAGAAUAAUAAAUUAAGAUAAUUAUUAACAGAUUUGACUAAUAAAUUUAAUUCUUCAGUUACUGAAAUGAAUUCAAUGUAAAAAGUUAUUGAAUAAUUGAACGGAUUUUAAAAUGAAUAUAUUAAAUACAAAGCUCUUUAUGAAAGAGAGUAUAUUAUUUUUAUUAUUUUAUAUUAGAUGUUUGGUGACAGCUGAUUUACGGGAUUAAUUGAGUUAAUUAGAUAAGUAGGCUAAAUAAUUAAUUGUAGAAAAAGACAGUCUUUUAGAUAGAAUUGCUAAAUUAUAAGCUGAAAUAGAAUAAUUAGGAAAAUAAAUUUAAGUUAAAAAUGAUGAGAAUGCAGUGUAAUCUAAGACAGUGUCUAAUUUAGAAGGAUAGAUAGCUUAAUUGAAACCUUUAGAGGCUGAAAAUUAAAGGUUAAAAUAAAUAAUUGAUUAAUAAACUAAAGAAUUGGGAGAUUUAAGAUAAAAAUUAGCAGAUUUAUAAUUGGCAGCAGAUGAUGCUAAUAAAUAAAAAGCAUAAUUUUAAUAAUUAUAUAAUUCUGUUAAUGCAGAAUUCGAAUAAUUAAAGAAUAAAUUUGCAGCCAAAGAUAAUGAAAUUAAUUCCCUUAAAACAUAAAUCACUAAACAAGAAUCAGUUGUUAAAUAGGUUAAAAUUAUAGAUAAUACCAAUCCAAAUGAUUUGAAGACUUUAUAGGAUUAAAUUGCUUAAAGAUCAAAAGAAAAUGAAGAUAUUAAAAAGAAGUAAUUAUUUAUAUUGAUUUUAGAUUUAAUCAAAUGGAUAUUGAAUUAUAAAAGGUUAAGAAAGAUAAUACAGAAAUUAGUAAAUUAUAAUAGGCAAUUUAAGCAAAAGAUAGAGAAUUAGAUGAUUUGAAAAAGAAACUUGAUAAAUUCUAAUAGGAUACAUCAAAUCUUGAAAAAUUAAAGAAAGAAUUAGAAGCCAAAAUUAAUAGCUUAAACUCAGAUUUAAACACAAGUAAGAAGAGCUUUGAUAAUCAAUAAAAUGAUAUUAAAAAAUUGAAUCAAUAAAUUAAUGAUUUAUAAAAUGAGAUAAAGAGAUAAUAGAAUAUUAUUUCCAACUAAACAGCUGUAAUUAAAUAUAUUUAUUAUUUAGGAUUUAUAAACUUGGAAUAAUAGAUACGCUUCAGUAGUGAAAGAUUUAAGAUAGGAUAAUCCUCCUUAGAGUGCAAAUUAAACUAAUUAAUUCACAACAACAAUAACCACUUAGGUGAUUAAAUAACCUUAAUCAUCAUAUUAAUAGAUAGAUGAUACUCAAUCUAAUAGAUCUAGUGGUUAUAGAUAAAAUUUAUUCCCUACAGCUUAAUAAGCCUAAUAAUCAAGCACUUAAAAGCCAGUGACAGCUUCAUCAAUUUAUCAGUCUAGCUCAUCAUCCAUUUAAUAACCAGCAUAGCAAACAUCAUCUUCCUAAAUUAUGAAUUAAACAUCCACAACCACAACAAGAAGUUAUGCAAGACGUUAUUGAGAUAUCAUAUAUAAAU